AUGGAAUCUCUCAACGGAGCAGUCGAACCAGCUGUAGCUGCUGUACCCUCUUGUAGUCUGGAAAAACAAGGGUGUUUUUCACCACUACAAGAAAAAAUUUCAAAGUUAUUGUCUCAGUGGACUGCACUUCAAAUGGCUGUUCAGAAUGAGUGGGGAGGCUGCGAUUCAUUGGAGAAAUCAGAGCAACUUGCCUCCGAUGUAUUCUCAUGGCUCUUUCAAUCUAAAGGAGAAUUACUUCAAGUAGAAGAUUUAGAGAAUUUGCUGCAUGAGAGAUUGUUGCUUUCCUUCAACACAGAAAUUGAGGAUGGCAGCAUUGAGGAGGUGGCUGAACAGUUGAUGAUUAUUCGCGAAGAUCAUUUGCAUGGAAAUCUUGUUCCUGUUCAAGAAAAUCAUCAGAAAGUCGGAAAAAGAGGGCAGCAAACUCUGGUAUAA